AUGGCAGCCUAGUGUGGAGAAGUGUAAUGCGGUUAUUAUGUAAACAUGUCACUUUUGAGACUGUGUGCCUUACCAAAGUGUCUGAGUGGUCGAAUACUGUUGGAAAGAAGUGUUCGUCGUGUGUCAAAUGCUGACCGUUGCCACUACUUUCUUACACACCGGAAUAACGUUGAAAGACGAAUAUCAGAGCCACCAUGGACAUCACAACGAAGACAUGUCUCAGCUCUGAUCCCAAAGAAAGAGGAUGGUAAAAAACGAGUAUGGGAACAAUCUCAGCUGUUAGAUGUGCUUGAAGCCAGAAUCCAGCAACUCCAAUCUGACAUCGUUCUAGAUGUCCAACAUGCAAAGGUACAAUUUGUCAAAGCUACCAAGUCAGGGAGAGGGGCUUCUUCAGGGAAGAGUCACAAAAAAUGUUCUGGGGAGAGGACUGAGGUGCCCACGGUGGGACAGACUAUUAGUAAGGGAGGGGGACAGACUGGUAAGGGAGGGGGCAAAGAUGCUUCAGCCUCCAAAUCCCGCUGGAUGGAGAAACUGAGUCAGGAGAAGAAGACUAAAACAAAGAAACUGAAGCAGAAGCUAGGCAUAGAGAAUAAACCUGUGAAAAGCAGAAAAGGCAAACUAAUGCUACCAGGUACCUCACAAAAAAACAUAUUGACAAAAGCAGGAAAAAAGACUGCAUCAACCUCUAAAAAGAGCAAGACUCUGAAAAACCAAGAGCCAACUGUGGCAGCUGCACCGGUUGCUGCUGCAACUGUGCUUAUUAGAAAAGCCAAACGAAAGGGGAAAGCCUCAAAGGAGCCAGCUCCUGAGUUGUCUGAGGCUGAGGCCAGGGACCAGGAGCUGGCUGAGCUGGAGAGGAAGGCAGAGGCCAAGGCCCAGGAGAUGGCUGAGGUGGAGAAGUUAGAGAGGAAGCUUAACCAGUGGGCUAUGUCAGCCAGCCCGAAGCUCGUGCAGGAUAACAGCGAGGACGGGGUGUACAGGGACGUCCAGACUAGUGUGCAGUGCUACCUGGAGGCCUGUGUGUUCUGUGGCGACAUCGACCGAGCCCACCACCUCCUGCUCACUCACCACCGCAUGAUCAGCCGGCGCAACCUGCUCAACAUAGGACUCUACAACAUCAUGAUGAGGGUCUGGGCCAAAAAGGGCUCUUUGAACCAGAUUGGGCGUAUGUUCAUUCUGGUAGAAGAGGCAGGUCUGAAGCCUAACCUCAGCUCCUACUGUGCUGCAUUGGAGUGUAUGGGCCGAACCCCUAACUGUUCUCCAAAGGUCAUCAACAGGGUUCUGCGUCAGAUGAAAGAGGAUGGCCUGCGUGUGGAAGAGCUGUUCAGUCUCUGUGUGUUCAGGCAGGAUGAGAGGGACAUGGUGCUGAGGGCCAUCAACACCGUGGAACCAGACUUUCAACCCAGCAUCAACACUGUCCUGCACACCUGCUCCUCACCGCUGGUCAAAGACUUCUACACAGAGAGGGCGGAUGCUAAAUACCCCAAACUGGCCUUCAACCUGGAGGAGCUGCGGGAGAGGUUCAGCCGUCAGCUGAGCAUGGAGCAGGCCAGCACCAUCACCAUUCACUCUGUGGAGGCCAUGAAGCCUGUUACCCCACACAUGGCCAAGAUGAGGGAUCUGCUGGCGGAGAAGCGGUUAGUGUGGCACAAAGCCCUGGUUGGGGCCCUGAGGGAGAGCAAGAUGAUCCUGGCCAGCAGCACCCCGAAGGCCGUCAGACUCAGCCUCUACCCCUACCUCUGUCUGCUGGACCAAAAGGACUAUGUGGACAUCAUGAUCCAGAGUCUGUCUAACUUGCCACCCAGUGGGGAGUCUCUCCACAUCCUGGCCAAGGAGCUGGGCAACAGGGUCCACAACAAGUUCUGCAUCCGCAUGAAGAGCCACAACCAGAUGGUGGAAAAGCUCAGCCAUAUCUACAAUGAAUAUGCUGAGCUGCUAGCCAAAGACUCUCAGGAGUUUGACGUAUUGCCUAGGGAGCGAUGGUGGAAGCUGGAGGCGGAGCAUAGCUCUGGCCCCUCUCUGCUGGGGGACAAGACCCAAUGGCCCCACACGGUGGUGGUGGAGCUGGGCACCUACCUGGUGGACCUCAUGGUCAAGCACAUGAAGGUGAACAGCGACAUCCUCAAUCCUGCCUAUGACAGGAAGUUCAUCCCCGUCCUCUACCACAUGUACACCUUCCGCAGUAACAAACAGGUCGGCUUCAUCAAGCCGCACCCCAUCCUGACGCAGAUGCAGCAGGACGCCAUGGAGACCACGCUGACCUUUGACUCCUACGUGAUGCCCAUGCUGUGCCCGCCCGUGCCCUGGACCUCGGCCAAGUUCGGCGCCUACCUCCUCACCCCCACCAAGAUGAUGCGCACGGUGGUUGGCGCCAACCAGCACGAGAUCCUGCUAGAGAAGUGCCAUGACGCGGACCUCCACGCCGUGCUGGACUCCCUCAACCAGCUGGGCAACGCGGCCUGGAGGAUCAACCAGCCCCUGCUGGACAUCAUCAUCUCCAUCUUCAACGAUAAGGGCAGUGAGAAGCUGGACGUCCCGCCGCCCAACUCCGAGGCCCCCAAGAUCCCCCGCUACAACCAGCAGGACUCGGCCACCUAUUCCUUGGCCGAGAAGGCCCACCUGAAGAGGGAGGUGGUCAAGGCCAAGAAGAAGUGCAGUGAGAUGCACAGCCUCAGGAUGGACGCCCUCUAUAAACUCUCCAUCGCCAACCACAUGAGGGACGAGGUCUUCUGGUUCCCCCACAACAUGGACUUCCGCGGGCGGACGUACCCGUGCCCGCCCUACUUCAACCACCUGGGCAGCGAUGUGACCAGGGCCGUCCUGGUGUUUGCGGAGGGGAAGCCCCUGGGGCCUGGCGGUCUGGACUGGCUGAAGAUCCACCUGGUCAACCUGACAGGUUUGAAGAAACGCAGCUCGCUGGCAGGCAGGCUGGAGUACGCCAACACCAUCAUGGACGACAUCCUGGACUCUGCAGACAACCCCCUCAACGGUAAGAAGUGGUGGCAGAAUGCAGAUGAACCCUGGCAAGCCUUGGCCUGCUGUAUGGAGAUAGCCAACGCUGUCAGAUCACCUGACCCCACACACUUCAUCUCCCACUUUCCUGUGCAUCAGGAUGGUUCGUGUAAUGGUCUCCAGCACUACGCAGCCCUGGGUCGGGAUGUGAUCGGUGCCACCUCUGUGAACCUAAUUCCCUGCGAGGUGCCCCAGGAUGUCUACAGCGGGGUGGCACAGCAGGUGGAGGAGUUCCGUGCGCGGGACUCGGAGAAGGGUCUGAAGAUCGCCCAGGUGCUGGAGGGCUUCAUCAGCAGGAAGGUGGUGAAGCAGACGGUGAUGACGGUGGUGUACGGGGUGACACGCUAUGGAGGACGCCUCCAGAUAGAGAAGAGGCUCAAGGAGAUUGAUGACUUCCCCAAGGAGUAUGUAUGGGACGCCUCUCACUACCUGGUCCAACAGGUGUUUAGCAGUCUGAAGGAGAUGUUCACCGGCACCAGAGAGAUCCAGGACUGGCUGACGGAGAGCGCCAGGCUCAUCGCCAAGUCGGGCAACACGGUGGAGUGGGUGACACCCCUGGGCCUGCCCAUCAUUCAGCCCUACCACCGGACCCGGACGCAGAUGCUGAAGUGUACCAUCCAGGACCUGAGUCUCCAGAUCACCCACGACUCUAAACAGAAGCCAGACACUGUGAAACAGAAGAAUGCCUUCCCUCCUAACUUUAUCCACUCUCUGGACUCCACACACAUGAUGCUGACCGCUCUCUACUGCUACAGCGCCGGCCUGACGUUCGUCUCCGUCCACGACUGCUUCUGGACCCACGCCCUUACAGUCGACACUAUGAACAAGGUUUGCCGGGAGCAGUUUGUGGCGCUGCACAGCCAGCCCAUCCUUCAAGAGCUGUCCAACUUCCUACUGCAGAAAUACUGCUCUGGGCGAUCGAGCGAGGUCAAAAACAAGACGUUUCUGGAGUACCGGAGGAUGCUGCUGCUGCUGGCCAAAGUGCCCCAAACAGGCGACUUUGAUCUCCAGCGGGUGAAGGAAUCCACUUACUUCUUCAGCUGAGAGGAACAGACCGACAAACAGACCAACAGGAAGCAAAAGCCAAUGGAGGGAGAAGAGUGGGAUUGAUAGACUGUGAGGCUGAACACUGGGAGGGCUGUGUGGGGACUGGGAGGGCUUGUCUCCCUCAGGCAUCAGAUGAUUGAUCCACAGCCCGUUAGGCGAAGCAAAGGCUUUCUGAAGCAGCUCCAUCACACAUAAUGACCCACUCAGCCACAGACCAGUGUGGGAGGAGAGGAGGAGGAGAGGCCAGCUCUGGAGAGGAGAUAAGAGGAAAUGAGAGCAGCUUCCCCACUCUGGACUGGAGAGGAUCUCAACAGAGCUCAAUUAUGGCCCAGGCUUUGACUUUCACUUCCCUUUUACUGUUGGGAGCGUGUGUUCGUGGGUGUGCGUGUGUGCAUGCGCGAACGAAUGACAUCCCUUGUCAGAACAUUUUAGCCUUGUGUAUGUGUGUUAUACAUGUGUGUUCCGCGUACCUGUGUGUCCUCCCAUCAUGAACACCUUUACUAUAAAGAGACUUCUAAGAGUGUGUGAUCAGUGUGUUCCCUCCCUCCCUCUCUCUCUCUCUCUCUCCACCCACAGGGCUCUGAUCCGCCCGUUCCAUCCUCUCUCCCUCCAUCCAUCCCUCCCUCUCUUUCUCUCUCCACAGUGAUCUGAUCCGCUUGCUCCCUCCCUCCCUCUCUGUACAGGGCACUGAUUUGCCCCCUCCCUCCCUCUGUCUAACACCUGGCUGAUUAAGCACAUGAUCCUGCCUUUCAUCUAUUGAGGCACCCAGGAAGAGAUGCUCACUCUGACAUUUAGAGCCACACCUCAUUUACCUCUCAAGUUUCCACUGGAGACAGUUACUGUCAUUCACAGAGAGAGAGGGAAGAAAAUAGUAAUAAUGGGUGGAUAGAUGGGAAGGUGGCUGUGAGAGGGAGGACAUCAUGAAUUGUCCUGCCAAAAAAAUGGCAUGUUGCAAAAAAUAUCUGCAGUUGUGUUGCAAUUGAAAACACUAAUGGGACACAAUAGUAAUUAACAAAACCAUUUCAUAAAUAUAGUAUUACUGCACAUUGUGUAACCUGCAACAUGUGCCUUCUGUCUCCUGAGAUUGUUUACCAAGUCCUCAUAAUGUUCACAAGUGAUUACAAAGAAAUAUGAUUUACUCUAUAGGCAUGGAUACAUCCUCUUAUUCUGAGCAAAGCACUUUAUCAUUAACUCAAGUGUCUUGUUUGUUUCAUAUCAGAGCCAUCUGUAUUCAUGCCUCAUGCCACACUUCUUAGAUUGGAUCCAUUUUCUGAUUUAAAUUGAACUGGCUGGUUUUUAUUCGCCCAUACCCGCUAUGCCUCUCGUUGUGUUAUAAACCUGUUGAUUGUGAAAGGUCUGUUACCACUGACGUUUCAAUGACAAAGCAAACGAAGCCGAGGUCAUUGAAUGGCGUGAAGCACUCCCUGCAUGUCUCUUCUCUUCUCCCCGGCAGUGUUGAUGUUCAAGGGCACAGCUCUGAUUGUUACUGUGAAGUGCCUUCAGGUUCUCAGACACUUACGCAUAUCCUCUUUCACAACUUGGCCACUGACGCAGAGCAGAGAGCUCUGUCUGCACGACCUGAGCAGAGCACUAAGGAAAGUUGUUGAUGAAAGGGUUUAAGCCGUCAGAUCAAUAGCACUGACUCAUACAGCAUUGAGUUAAUAAGGACUGGACAACUACCACUAGACUCAGUCAUUAUUUUUCUGUCUGCAGGAACAGGAUGUUGGAACAGAAGGAUUUGGAAGGUAGGGACAGCUACACUGUUAGGUUUGUGUUGGGAGGUGGAAGAGGUGAGAGGGGGGAAAUGUUUCACUUCAGAGUGGGAGAUUUUUUUGUUUACAUCCCUGUUAGUGAGCAUUUCUCCUUUGCCAAGAUAAUCCAUCCACUUGACAG